UGCAGUCGGUGAAGCACACUGAUGUAUUUUAUUUACAAUUGAUAAGGCUGUACACUCAGCACAGACAAGAACACGUACUGCUCAGUAUUAGUAUAGAAAUAAGUACAGAACGCAUACGUCAAACACAAGUUAUAAAAUAUGGAGAUCGAAGGAGUGGAUAAGAAAGUCUGGCGAUUAUGGCGUAUUCGUAAGACGCUUAUGGCCAUGUUGCACGAUCGCAAAUACCUUGUGUCACAGACCGAGCUGGAAUUGAGUUUCAAUCAGUUCCUAAGCCAAUUCACAACCAAUCCUCAGAGAGAUGCACUACGUAUCCUUGUAUCACAACGAGACGAUCAACGGCGGAGGUUAUAUGUAUUCUUUCCGGAAGACACAAAGCUCGGUAUACCUCACAUUAAAGCAUAUUCAGAAGAGAUGGAACAAAAUAAUGUGGACCGAGGCAUCAUUGUGAUCAGAUCAAGUAUGACGCCGUUUGCGAAGUCGAAAAUAGACAGUCUCAGACCGAAGAUAGUAUUGGAGUCCUUCUUAGAGGCGGAAUUGUUAGUAAAUAUAACAGAGCAUUGUCUGGUCCCCAGACACAUUGUACUGAACAUCGAGGAGAAGACUACACUGUUAAAACGAUAUAAGCUUAAAGAGACCCAGUUACCCCGUAUGCAAAGACACGAUCCGGUGGCACGUUACUUUGGACUGGAUAGAGGCGAUGUUGUGAAAAUUAUCCGACCUUCCGAAACUGCAGGUAGAUAUAUGACAUAUCGUCUGGUGAUGUAACCUUGGUAACUGUUUACCUUGGUUUCAAGUCGCUAGAGCCUUCCGUUUGGUCUCAGCCUACGUCAUAAACGAAAUAAAAUAUAAUUAAUGAGAGCCCUUUUUAAUGCUAUGCAGCGAAGAUCUCAAAUAGCU